UUUUAACCGGGUAGCUAAUAAUCCAUCAUCGCUUUGGUCCGAACACUCCGUCGUGUCACCUGUUACUGCGCCGAUAAGCCCCCAAACCCGUGCGCUUAGCCAGCAGUGGGCGGGUGCCGCGAGACGGGACAUGCCCGGACAUGAUCGCGGAGAGCCGGGCAAGUCAGCAAAGAGGAGUCUGCCGCCGCUAGGCGUCUGAAGCCAGUCACGCUUUGACAUGUCAUGCCCGAACCCGCCCAGGACAUGAUGAUCUGCUCGGUGGAUUCUAGCCCUGACAUGCCUCUGUGUGUCUAUUUAAACCAUAGACCGGCUCUGAGCCGGCUCCCACUCCACGCUAACCCAGAGCUCAAGCACUUUAUAUACAGGAAACAGUGUAUAUAUAUAUUUAUAUAUAUAGAAGAUCCUUAGCUAGAUCCUUACCUCUAUUUGCACAGGUAACUACAGAAAUGGCCUCGGAAAGUUGUUUAAGCAGUUCUCAGAUCAACAAGGUUGACAACGAAAAACUGGUGAGACCAAAGGUGCAGCUGAAAAGCCUGUUGGAAGACGCAGGUGCGGAUAAAGACGUUUUCACCAUGAAGGAGGUUAUGUUUUAUCUGGGGAAGUAUAUCAUGAGCAAGGAGUUAUACGACAAGCAGCAGCAACACAUUGUUCACUGCGGAGAGGAUGCUCUUGGUGCCGUUCUGGGGGUGAAAAGUUUCUCGGUCAAAGAGCCCCGAGCUCUCUUUGCAAUGAUCAACAGAAACCUUGUGACGGUGAAAAAUCCAGAUACUCAUUCUACCUUCUCCGAACCCAGAAGUCAAAGUGAACCAGAUCGAGGGCCCGGGGACACCGAUUCGGACUCCCACUCAUCUACCUCACAACAGCAGCGCAGGAGGAGGAGAAGCAGUGAUCCUGAGACUUCAGCCGAAGACGAACCCAGAGAACGCAGGAAGAGACACAAGUCAGACAGCUUCUCCCUGACAUUCGAUGACAGCCUGUCUUGGUGUGUGAUCGGCGGCCUGCACCGGGAGAGGGGGAACAGCGAGUCUUCGGAUGCACAAAGCAACUCUGAUGUAGGGAUCUCUCACAGUGAGGGCAGUGAUGAGAGCGUAGACUCCGACUCUGACUCUGAUAACUUCAGCGUGGAGUUUGAGGUGGAGUCCAUAAACUCUGACGCCUACAGUGAGAACGAUGAGGAUUCGUUACCAGGAGAGAACGAGGUGUAUGAAGUCACGAUCUUUGCUGAGGAUGAAGAUUCGUUUGAUGAGGAUACAGAGAUAACAGAGGCAGACUACUGGAAGUGCGCCGAAUGCGACGAGCUCAACCCUCCUCUUCCUCGGCAUUGCAAAAGCUGCUGGAACGUCCGACCCGGCUGGCUUCCAGAAACGAACUCUAACAGGGAAAACACCUCCACUAACGCUCACCCCGACACAGAAGACGCCGGCGUCACCACGGCUCCCAGCUCAGCCUCAGAUGUCAAACUCCUUCCUUCCAAACCCUCGAGCCCUCUCCCGGAAACGGACGAAGGAGUGGAUGUACCCGACGGCAAGUGCUCACAAUCUCCCGUAGCCUCUAAAGACGAACUUCUUUCCUCCACUGCCUCCGGCUCCGUGACUGAAUCUCAGACCCCGUCGUCCCAGCCCUCGACCUCUUCUGGUGGGGGCAGCAGCCAGGAAGAGACCCCGGAGUUGGAGCGCUACAACAGCCUGGAGGCCUGCCUGCCCGCCGCUUGCCUCGAGCCCUGCGUCAUCUGUCAAAGUCGCCCCAAGAACGGCUGCAUCGUCCACGGAAGAACUGGACACCUUAUGGCUUGCUACACUUGCGCCAAGAAACUAAAGAACCGGAACAAAUUGUGUCCGGUGUGCCGAGAGCCCAUCCAGUCAGUCGUGUUGACCUACGUUAGCUGAGGCACAGCAGAUAUACCUCUUCUCCACUCACAUGAAGUUCGACAUGCUUAUGUUGCCUUGUCUUACAGUUCUAAUACUUUUGAGUUCAAAUUCAAUAUUUGUGAUUAUAUAUAUUUCUUAUUGAUUUAAUAAAUUUUAUUUAUGACACGACAAGCGAGGUUUUCACUCACACGCUGGGUAGAUUCACAAAUGCGUGUUUUAAGGGUUGAGUUCAAGGGCUUAGAAUUAAUACUACUUAAGGACUUUGCAGAGAUUCUGUAUGCAUUGUAUCAAUUAUUAGAAAGGUUUGUAAUAAUUUAAUAUAUGUAAAUGCAGAUGUAUAGGUUCCAUGUUAAUUUGAGUUACGUGCUGCACUGAAACGUGUUCCUGAGUUGUGGCUCGAGACACCCCUUUAAUUUUUGUUCCUAAAUGCUCUUCUGGAAAUUAGUUUUCUGCUGCAAUUAUUGGUUUUGGAGCGAGACGUAUAAUAAAUGAUUAUUUUGAGGCUCUUCUGCUUUUACAGUACAAGUGAAA